CUCCAUUUUAUAUGAUCAAAAAAAAAAGAGGAUGUUUUGUUUUAUCAAUAUGCACAUCAUUUCCAUUUAUUGAAUGCACUUCAUAUACAAAAUAUAUAUUAAAAACGUCAUGAUUUUAAUGUAAUAUCCUGAUCCAUGAUGAUCGACAAACCCAUUUGACAGAUUCCCCUUAUGAAGUUUCCAACAGGUCACGGUUUUCAAGUACCGCUUAUUUUUUUCUUUUCUUUUUUUCGUCUGCAUUGGAUUCCACUUUUUUUUUUUUUGACUUUUUCUACACCAAUAAUGGAUGAACCAACUCCAAACUUGGAUGAUACUGCUAUUACUAAAGAUGUCCCUAUUACUACUGAUACUACAACAACCAAUGAUCAAAUGGAUUUAGACUUGAAUAAGGAGUCCUCCCAAUCUAUUGAACAACAAGAAGCUGAAAGAAGCUUGGCUGCUUUGGAAUCUUUACCUGAUAUUGAAGAAAAGUUAUCUAUUGAUAAUACGAACUAUGAACUACUGGUACGUCGAAUUGACGCGUGUAAAGUGGCCGAUUUACCAGAUGCACUUGAAAUCGCUAGGGAAGCUAUGCAUGAUGUAUAUCCUUUGACAGAACAACUUUGGUUGGAUUGGAUUGAAGACGUCAAAAAGAAUGCUACAACUGAACAAGGAGAAAUUCAACUUCGUCGUCUUUAUCAAGAGGCAGAACAAGACUAUCUAUCCAUUCCUAUUUGGACAUCAUAUGUGGACUUUAUUCGCAACAAGUUUGAUCAAGCAUGGGAUAAAAUAGAGGAUAAAAAUGACUCUGAUUUGGAAGAAAUAGUGAAUACAACUAGGGAAGAUCUAUUACGGGCUGUACGGGCAACUGCAUAUCAUGUGGAGAAGAGCCAUGUUAUUUGGAAUGCUUAUGCCGAUUUUGAAACAAAGCUGAUGGAACAUUACAAAAGUCCUGAACGAUUUGCCAAACUCAAACAAAUUUAUCUCGAUCGAUUAGGUGUACUGCAUAUAGUCAUCUUUUCUUUUUUUGGGUAUAGCUUGUGAAGAGACCUUUAGUAACUAUUCGCAACUUAUCAGUACUUACGACAAUGUGAACUAUGAAGCAAGUCUAGUGGAAGCAAACAAGAUUUAUGCCGUGACCAAAGCAGCUGCAGAAGAUAGGGAUUAUUAUGAACAAAAACUGGUAACAGGUCAACAUCAAAAUAUUACAUAAAAGCUGAUUGUAUAUUAU